AACCAGUCAUGUCUACUGGGAUCACAGGACACCGUCUCUUUCAUGGUGUGUUUGUUUCGUGUCUGGGAAGAAUGGGUUGGCCUUGACCAGGUGGAGGACUACCUGAGUUUUCUGGAAUAUCUGUUGUGGGUCUUCACCCCCCUCAUUGUUGUCUUUAUUGUGCCAGUCCUCAUUGUUAUUUUCCUUUACCUCUCCAUACUCUUCCUUCAUGUCUAUAAGAGAAAGAAUCAGCUGAAAGAGGCUUACUGCAAUAACCUGUGGGAUGGAGCAAGAAAAACACUGGCAACUCUGUGGGACGGACAUGGAGCCAUAUGGCAUGGCUAUGAGGUUCACGGCAUGGACAAGAUCCCUGACAAAGGACCGGCUCUUAUCGUCUAUUACCACGGAGCCAUUCCCAUUGAUUAUUACUACUUCCUGGCUAACGUGAUCAUCCAGAAGGGCCGUACCUGCCACUCUGUAGCUGACCACUUCAUCUUUAAGAUCCCUGGCUUCAAGCUUUUGCUGGAGGUGUUCAGUGUGAUCCACGGUCCUCAGGAGGAGUGUGUACGGGCUCUGAGGAAUGGCCACCUCCUGGGGAUUUCUCCUGGAGGAGUUCGGGAAGCUCUGUUCAGUGAUGAGACCUACCCUCUUCUGUGGGGCAAACGUAAAGGUUUUGCUCAGGUUGCGAUUGAUUCUCAAGUGCCAGUAAUUCCAAUGUUUACUCAGAAUGUGCGGGAAGGCUUCAGAUCUCUGGGAACCCUAAGACUGUUUCGUUGGCUGUAUGAAAGGUUUCGUUUCCCUAUAGCUCCUGUUUAUGGAGGAUUUCCUGUAAAAUUUCGAACCUUCCUGGGAGAUCCCAUUCCAUAUGACCCAAACAUGACUGCUGCAGAACUGGCGGAAAGAGUGCAACAGGCUGUCCAGUCUUUGAUAGAUCGGCACCAGCAGAUCCCUGGGAGCAUCUUGAGGGCCCUGUUCGAGCGAAUAUACACCAAGCAUAAAAACAAUUAACAACAGUGAUAAAUGAGACAGAUCCUCAGUUUGUGACCAACAUCAGUUUCC